AUGGAGACCAAAUCACCCUUCGAUGUUCCACCUCCAAAUUAUACCGAAGCCAUAAAUUCUGCAGCCACAGCUCCACCACAAACACCUCUACAAAAUGCGCCAACACAGUAUCCAGCACCUCAAAAUCCACCAAUUUUGGUGCCAGGUCAACAACAACAAUUUGUGGUGCAAGGUGCACAAUUUGCUCAGAUUCAGCCGGGACAACAGCCACAGCCUAUUUUUAUAAUUCAAGGACAACCCGCAGCUCCAAGACCACCAACUAGAGUUAUUCGAGUGCAGAGAGGUGAGGAUUUUAUUGUGCGGCGCUUGCAAUCUAAGCCACGCCCAUUUUUUUGUGCCGCAUUAUUGUGAUACAUGAUUUUUUCCUGAUGAAAGACGGUGUUAGGCUCCUCCCACAUUUCUGUGCCCCACGAGAACUACACGAACUUUGCACCGCCUAUCUUCUAUUUUUCGCUUAAAAAUCACAUGAUUUUCAAUGAUUUUUUUGUUAUCUUUAUUGUUUACAACUUCUCUAUCGAUCGAUUUUUCUAUCAAAGCCCCGCCCAUUUUUCUGUGCCUUUUCAGAAACCAACUAUAAAUCAUUUUCUUUAGGACGUCACCAAUGCAUGACACCGGAACAAAUGCGAGCGGCUCGAAGGCGAAAAAUGAUUGUCAGUAUUGUUAUCAUUAUUAUGUGUAUAAUUAUUAUAACUGUUGUUGCUACAACAACUUCUUGAACAGAAUAAAAGGUUUUUUUUUCAAAAUUUCUUCAUUUGUACAUUGUUUGCAAUGGAGCGCAUUUGAAAAAAAUUUUUUUCGUUUCCGUGGAAAACGAUUGAGAACAGCCGUGAGAGAAAACGAGAGAGUAAAAAUUAGCGUGUGCGUGCAGAAGAGACGCGAGACGAAAAAGGGAUAUGAACAGACUCCGCCUACUUUUUUCUUGAAUUUCCACGGCGAAAGUUUUUGAACAAAAAAAAUAUUUUUUUUUCUCAAUUGACUCACUUUUUUAUCGAUUGAUGAAAUAUUGGGUUCUGAUAAGAGCAGCUUAUUUUUAUUUUUCGUUAGAUUUUCUGGUUUUCCCUUCCUUUUCUUUUCUUAUUCAGUAAAAAAAAUUUUCCGACGAAAAAUCAAAACAUUUUUCUAUUUUUAAAGAUUUCCUGAAUUUUGAACUCAAAAACCAUUUCAAAACCUUAUUUUUUGAAAAAUAUCUCACCCAAAUAAAAAAAUUCCAGUCGCAAAAUGGAGACAAGAUCUCCGUUCGAUGCUCCGCCUCCAAGUUAUUCCGAUGUCAUGAGUUCGGGAGCCACAGAUCAAUCACAAAAUGCGCCACCAACACAAAAUCCACCAAUUUUGGUGCCAGGUAAUCAACAAGAAAAUUUAGCACAAAUUCAUUUUCUUCAGAACCUCACCAUCAGUUGACACCGGAACAGCGAGCUGCUAA